AGAUUCUAUGCAAUCGCUUUGCAAAAAUCACUUUCUCCAGAACCUCUACCGCAAGAUAGAUGGCGCUCUUCUGUGGUCCCAGAAUGAACGAAAUCUGGACUGCAUCAACACUUUCCAGACGCACUCGAUUCUACAGAGAUUCAUGCUCCGAUUCGAUUUUCUUCAGUUAGACUGUAACGAUCAUCUCUAUAUUUACGAUGGUGCACACGCCGUUGGAACAUACAAGUUUGACUUGUCUUGCAAAAACACGAAACAAAACUUGGGAGCAAUGUUCACUCGUACCAACUACGUCACCCUCAAAUACGUCACAGAUGCAUGGGGGACUGACUCAAAUGGAUUCAAGCUUGUCAUCACAGCUGUCAAAGAUCCCAAACACGCAUGCACUGAAUUUCGUUGCAACCUUAGGGAAUUUUGUAUAGCGACAGAGUUAGUGUGUGAUGGAAUCAACCACUGUGCAGAUGGGUCAGAUGAAACGUCCACUACAUUAUGUCAAAACAACGAGACUGGUACCAUCCUCGGCCUGGAAGUGACGUGGUUCGUCGUGGUGGUGAUUAGUACUCUGCUGGUACUGCUGGUGCUGAUAGUCGCCGUUUCGAUAUGCAUUUGUCGUCGUGGCUGGAACAGCGCAGGCGCCGGAAACGGAGCCGUCCAACAGCAGAACGCUUCCUAUUCGCUCCAGCAGAUGUACGGCUCGAACGGCGCCCUCAAGCCGCUAACGGGCGGCGGCGGCAGCACCACGACGCUGACCUCCAGCGGCGGCGGCGUCCUCUACCGGCCGCCGUCGGGAAACUGGCGCCACCCUGCGGGCCCCAUCGGGUUCCGCCUCAGCGCGCCGGCCCGGGCCCGCCUCUACUGCCAGGCAAAGUGA